AUGGGCAAGUGGGUCCCCCGGAAAUCGACAGGCAAGCACAUCGCCAAGGAUGGCAAGGCGAAGGGCAAAUACCCUCCAGGUGUACCGUUUUACAAGCUGCCCCUGAAAGCGUUUCUCCGCAGCUGGCCCGAUGAGGAUGGCUGCGUGCUCCUGACGGACAAGCAAGCGCCGACGGAAUACUUCACCACCUCCACGCUGACCGAGCAGCUUACAGCAGAGACCUCGGAGUGCAUCGCUCGGCCAGGCCUGGGCGUCAGCAUGGCCUCUGCCUCGUUGGAAUCCUGCGCAGCUGCCUUGGCGGUGCUUCCUUCAUCGUCUGAGAAGAAGUUUGGGCAAACUGGAAUUCCGGCUGUCAAGAAGCUCUUGGAGCCCUUGGGCAGUGCUUUGGCGGCCGUCAACCUGUCAAACAAGGCGUGCUCAUCUGCAUCUUCUUUGAAGCCGCACGCCGAGAAGGUGCUCAAGAAGCUUGGGAAGAAGGAGGCUCUGCAGCAACGGGUGAAGGACUUCGCUCGACUGGCAGACACAGCCUCACGCAUGUACGCUGGCGCUAUGGCUGGUUUGGAGCUUUGCACUCUCGCGUCCAAUCCGAAGGCGUGGGCAAAGAAGAUCCCGGACGAGUCCAAGCAGGACAAACCCAUCCGGAAGUUCAUCCAGAAGAAGACUCUGGACAGUUGCGUGGAAGCCGUCGCGGCGACGAACGCGGCUCGCCUGGAAGCGAAAGCUCCCCGCAAGAAACGGGCCUUCGGAGACAGCAGCGAGGAAGCAGCUGGCAAGGAGGAGUCCGGGUCUGAGUCGGAGAACAACUCCGAAGCCAAGGAAUCUGGAAGUGAAAGCGACCACAAGUCCGGCUCCUCCUCGUGUUCCCACUCCCAUGGAAGUGAUGAGAAGAAGAAGAAGGAGAAGAAGAAGAAACUGAAGAAAGCCGAAGCUCCGAAGAAGCGGGCGACAUCGGCAAGGCCGGCGGCCGUUGAGCUUUCCUUGGAGGAUCAGGAAGAGGAGGAGGAGGCAGAAACUCCGGGGCUCGACCCGCAUCUGUCCUGGGCAGAGUCCGAGGUGGCCAAGUUUGCGGACGAGUUGCAGACCAUGGUUGCAAACCAGGACAACAAAAAGAAUAGGCUGCCAUUGUACGUGCUGGUCGCUCUCCUGGAUAACGUGCCCGAGGCCGUGCUGACGGAGCAUGGGCUGGCCAAGGUUCUGCAGACGUUGAAGCAGAUGACACGCCUGCCGAAGAAGGACAAGCUGAUCAAUAUCUUCGAGACCAUGCAGGACAUGGUGGCCAAGGCGAAGAGCAUUCAUGAGCAGGCCCGGCUGGCGGCGGACGCCGGCUUGUGCGAGGAGGGAGGACCGCCAGAGGCGCCUGUGGUCAUCGAGGCUCUGGAGAAUGAGCCAGGAGAGGUCUUCUGUGGUAAUCCAGAUCGUUUGGCCGCGGCCUGUGCUCAGCCACGGUCGCGUGGACACAUCAAGCGCUUGCUGUUGGCCUUGACGCCCGAGUACCAACGCCUUGCCUUGGAGCGGGUGCCGGAGGACUUCUGUGGCUACUUCGAGGCAGAGCUGGCCAAGCCAUGGGUGUGCGUGGGCAUGAACGGCGAGCGCUGCACCUUUGCUCUUGCAGCACGCGGAGGCCCAGCUCAGGUGAGGGGUCGCAGCGCACGCUGCCUAUUCUGUCGACCUGAAGAUCUGUGGCCAUUGUGCGCGGAGGAAGCUGGCAAGCGAGAGGUGCUGGGCAAGCUCCGGCGCUUGUCAGUGGCUGCCCGCGCCCGCGCUUUGGAAGAGCGCCUGCCGUCCGACGCCGUGGAAUAUUUUGAAGCGCAGCUGCAGGGUCCGGCGCCCAAGCGCGCGGCUGGGCGGGGCGGCCGACGCCCGCUGGACAGGCAGGAGCUCCCGGUCUUGUGGAGAGGCGCCCUGGCGUCGCGGCAGACAGCUGCAGCCUCAGCGUCGGCUGCGACAAAGAAGAAAUAUCGAGAGCAGGUUCUGGCAGACAGGGCUCGGGCACGGCGCCGCAUGGGCCAGCCCUCAAAGCGAACACCAGCUGGCGGGGCCGUCGAGAAUACCACUGGGUUGCCCCCGGCGAAGCGCCGCCGGCUGGCCGAGGACUUCGAGCGUUGGUGCCUUUUCGACUCCUGGAGCAUGUGUGAGAACUGUGGCCUCCUCGCGCCUCGCGACCUCACAGAGAGCACGCUCAACAAGCCCCAGCCACCCACAAAUCCUUCAGGCAAGUGCUCCAGAUGCAAAGCUGCGCGCGUGCAGCCGGUGGUGACGCUGGCUGAUGUGCCAGAGGUUCUGCGCGAGUUGUCUGCAGAGGCUGCGCAAGCUUUGUCGCCCUUGGAGAUCGAUGUGGGCCCGGUCGUGCGCGCCGAGCACAAGUCCGGUUACCGCCAGAAGACGACCAUGAUCCGCUUCCGCUGGCAGACGACUACAGUGAAGAAGCGCAUCAAGCACCUGCAGGACGUGAACAUGCGGACGAAGGCCCGCGCAGCUUACGACUUCUUGAUGGCCUCGGAUGACACAACCUAUGCGACCUUUGUGGCCGAGCACGCGGAGUUUCUGGAAGAACACCCCGGCGCUGACGAGCUCACUCGCCGUCGCCGGCUACAAUUCAUUGAACGCGUCGGCGUGGAGUGCGCCCUCUGGCCUGGUUUGUUCUGGGAUGUGAAGCGCACCUUCACUCACGAGCGUGCCACGGACCCCAGGCGGGUGAUUCGGCAGGAGCGGGCAGCCACCUUGGAGCUGGCAAAUGAGGAGGACGCAGAAGCAAAUGACGCCACGCGCCACAGCAUGAAACGGCUCUUUGCUGCCUUGGCACUGGGUCGUCUCCUGGGCUAUGCUGCAGACUUCGAGCUGCUCCAGUUCGUCUAUGACCUCAACCUCUGGAGCAGCAUCGGUUCCAAGAAGAACCUGCAGCUGCCAACGCCGAUGCGCCUCAUGCUCAAGGGCGAGGCCUUCAGCCCUCACUAUUGGCGUGGAGUGCACUAUGCCUUGCUGGACAUGGUGCGGCAGAUCGGCUACCCUCGCAUCUUCUUCACCAUCGCCCCCUACGAAUGGAGCUUCCCCUAUCACGAGUGGGUCCGCGACGAGAUGCAGAAGAUGCUCAAGGAGCGCCUCUUCCUGCCGGUGGCGGAGACGCUGCACAUAGUGCACGUCAUGGUCCAAGCUGUGAAAGGCUUGUUGUUGGGGCAAACGGGGGGACAUGGGCGCAAGGCGUGGAAGAGCAACAUCUUCCGCGUUCUUGACGAGCGGGGACAGGCCUGUCGCCUGCACUUCUUCCUGCGGCUCGAGUAUCAGGAUGGCACUCGCAAGGCAGCCACGCAGGACUACCACGGCUCGGGCCGGGUCCACGUGCAUGUCGUCAUCUUCGUGAAGCCUGAGCACGUCGAGCAGCUGGAUCUGGCGGAGACCGUGUCCGCCACUUUGCCCGAAGACGCGGACCUCCGUGGCUACGUCGAAGGCAGCCAGUACGAUCAGGAAAAGAAGAGCGGCUGGCCCAUCCACGAGGCACCAAGCUGCUUUGACCGUGAGGCUGGUGCAUGGCGCUUGCAGCACACGGAGGACGACCACGCCGAGGGCCUGCGCCCCUACCUCGUCGACCUCAUGGAGGAGUGGCUCAACGACGAUGCUGACGCCAUGAGCAUCGCCGCCACGGUCCUCAUGCGCUACCGGCCGCUGGAGCCCGAGAUGGUGCUGCAGCUCUUCGGUGCCAAGUUCCGCCAGUGGCACCUCUCCACCCAGAGCGGCGGCAAGCGCGACUUGGUGGCGCCCUACCCUGACCAGGAGCCCAAGUUGCGCGAGGUGGAGCUGUACGAGCAGGCGGAAUGGGCUCGUGGCCGCAUCAGCCUCCUCGACUACCUGCGCAAGACCACGGCCGAGGGGAAGAUCUGCCACUGGCUCAAGAAGAAACACGUGCAGUCUGGCGGCGGCGCCACCCUAGAGGACUUUGCUGCGAACUACGUGAUGCAAGGCGAGAAAGUCGUGGCCGCCGAGACAGUUUCCAAGUUCAACGACCGCUACUUUGGCCAGUGGCUCAUGCUUCAUGUUCCCUUCGAGAAAGCCACGGACUUCUGCGUGCCGGAGCACGUCGCCCAACGGCUUCCGGAGGCACACAAGUACUUCGCCAUGGCAAUCCUCUGCGAGCACCCGGCAGCGCAGGCCAUGUGGCAGGACGACGAGAAGAUCCGCGCCGAGCUGAAGAUGGAGGCACACACCAAGGAUCACGUGGACACCAUCCUGGCCAUGAUCCGUGCGCAUCGCGGCUUGCUUCAGGAAUACCUUGAUGGCACCCUGGAUGCCCGAGAGGACCGGCAAACCCAGGAGAAGUGCCGCAGCAAGACGAAGACCUGCAAGAAGAAAGCAGGCCCCGUGGACGCUAGCAAGUUCAACAGGCAGCAACUCCGCUUCAAAGAGCUCGUGGACAGCGCAGUGGACAGAGCGCUGGCCAUCGAGGACGCAGAGGACGAGGGCGAGGCGGACCGUCUGCGACAAGAGGCGAAGGACAGCAAGGCCAACGUGUGCCUGGGACCACCCGGGACCGGCAAGACUACGGUGGUCUUCUCUUGCAUCGACCGUGCCUUGACCAAGGGCGGCAAGGUCUUGAUGGCUUUGCCGACCGCCCAGUUGGCCAGUCGCAUGAAGGCGCGCUACGGCCACAAGAUCGACAUCGACACCUGCCACGCCGCGUUUGGCCUACAUGAAUCUGCAGAGCAUGGCGAGGCGUCCUUGCUGAGCGUGUACUCUCUCAUUGUCGUAGACGAGCUUUCGCAACUGGACAUGGUCAACUUCGACAGGAUCUUGCGCUUGUGGGCAGCUGCAGAGCGCACGCCGGCCCUCGCGCUGCUGGGUGAUCGGUACCAGAUGCCCGGCAUGGGGGAGAAGCGCCCGUGGCAUUCGCGCCUUUGGAACACCAUGUGCUACCGCGUGGCCCUCCACAAAAUGUACCGCUGCAAGGACAAGGUGCACGCCAAGCUGCUGGCAACCCUCAGGACCGGCAAACCAAAUGCCAAGCUGCUCCGGCAGCUCCGCAAGAAGAUGGCGUGGCGGCCGCCGGGCCGGCCGACGGUGAAGGGACUCCAGAAGCUCCUCAAAUCCAAGCCCAACACGACGAUCCUGACUUGCACCAGGCGGGGUGCUGCUGUGGUCAACGGAACUGCUCUGAAGGCCCUCUUCCCGAAGUACCCUCCAAGUGCGACUUUGCCAGCUGACGUGGACUCCAAUCCUGAGAACUAUGCGCAAGGCAAGCUGAAGCCACCUGCAGAGCUGCAGCCCUCCACUAUGCCCGUCUACAAGGGCAUGCGGGUGUAUUUGACCCGCAAUGUGCGGAAGGAUGUCGACUUCGUCAAUGGGAUGGAGGCGACGGUGCUGAAGUACGACGACAACACGGGCGGCCUGCUGGUGCGCACUGCCACCGGGUUCGUGGUCAGCGUCUGGCCAUGGACCGACCCGGAAAGGGGUGGCUUGGUCUACUAUCCCGUCCGGCCGGGUUACGCGUCCACCAUCCUGAAGUUCCAGGGCGCCGAGCUGCCUCACGUCGUCGUCUACCUGGAUGCCCCGAAGGUGCCUGCCGCGGCCUACACUGCCAUCAGUAGGGUCGGCUACUACAAGGACUUCCUGUUGGCGGGCAUCUUGACAGAGGAUCAUUUCACUCCAGCCAAGUGA